UAGUCAAUGAAAGUGUAUUGUAGAAUUUAUAUCGUUCGCUUUACGAAAGGAUUUAGCUUGUCCUUUGAUGUAUUGGUUAUGUGAAUGAAACUAAAGUACAUAUUUGUUGUGUAUAUAAAAACUAACAAAUUCAAAUUAGAAAAAACUUAACCCUCUAUUCAUAAAUAAACACAAUAUAAUUCUAAUAAAAUGCUAAAUUCAUUUUUUCGAGGGUUACUCGGAGGCGAAGAGCCACCUACCAAAGUGCUAGAAGUGAGAUCUGACAACUACAUCUCAAGACCCAUACACUUUAGGAAGGACUCCAUGAUAUUAUAUGGACCCAAAGGUCCUGCAGAAAGAAAUACAAAAGACAAGUGUUAUGAAAUUGUACUACAGAAACCCUUUACGGAGACACUGCAUCAGAUGUACAGUUUAUUCCGAUCAGAAAGUCAAGAGAUUUCGGAAGAAAAGUUCACUAUAUAUGUAGAGAAAAUACCAUUAUACAUUGAAAUAACUAAAGAGUGCACCAUACCAACUCUACAGAAACUUUGUGAUAUACUAUCAGAACAUCAAGCGUGGACAAUAGCACAUAUAGUAGCCCAUUUUGGUCUGUGUGAGCUAUUCAAUGUCGCUGAGGUACAAAAGUGUAUUGAUUCUGUCGAUCCCCAUACAGGAGCCACUCCAUUAAUGGUGGCUGUGAAAACCUCCAAUGUGCGCAUGGUACAAAGUCUUAUUUCCUUGAAGUGUUCAUUAAAUACCGUCGACAAUGACGGCAACACAGUGUACCACUACGCCGCCGGCAGUAACAAGGAAAUUAUCAAUGCUUUGGCAGCAGCGAAGGCUACAUCACUCAAUGUAUACAACAAGCAGGGCUACACGCCGCUGCAUAUGGCAUGUCUCGCGGAUGCUCCAGACUGUGUCCGCACGUUGCUACUCGCCGGCGCGGAUGUUAACCUAGGUGCGGCACGACGCACCACCAGCACUUCACCUGGUAUCGUCGGCGACUUGCUUCAAGACAACCAGCUGAAAUUAUAUCAGCAGGACAUGAAACACGGUGGCAAUCCACUCCACUGGGCGACAUCUAGAGAAGUUAUCGAGGCGGUGGUCGAUAAGAACUGUGAUAUAAACGCCCUCAAUUUCGAUGGACGUACAGCUUUGCAUAUUAUGGUGCUACGAGGUCGAUUAGAGUGUGCUAUAGCUCUACUAUCGAGGGGCGCAGAGCAUUCCAUAGGCGAUAAUGAGGGGAACACAGCUUUACAUUUGGCAGUGAAACAAACGAAUAUAUCUAUCGUACAAGCGCUGAUUGUGUUCGGAGCGAAUUUAGAAGCGAAGAACAAUGAAGGUUUUACAGCGAGGCAUUGUGUGUCGGCAUCAGUUGGCGCGACUAGCAGUGUUUAUGAUAAGACUUUGUAUAUUUUACAUGCUGUUGGAGCUAAAAGAUGCGCGGCGGACAUGUCCGGGUGCCGUGCGGGCUGCCUGCCGCGAGGUGAGUACAACGGCGUGCCCCCGCCGGCUGUAGCGCGCGCGCCGCAACGCAAGGCCGUCAACGACAUGCUCGCGGUGGCCGCAGUCAUACGCGCCGCGGCACAGGACGAAGACAAACGCGGACGGCUCCUCUGUCUGGACGGUGGCGGCAUUAGAGGCCUGGUACUCAUCCAAACAUUAAUAAAUCUUGAAGAGGCUGUCGGUAGGCCCAUUAUUGACUGCUUCGACUGGAUCGGUGGAACCAGUACUGGAGGGAUUCUUGCGUUGGCAUUAUCAUGUGGCAAGUCAUUGAGGGAAUGUCAGAGAUUGUAUUUUAGACUAAAAGAACAAGCCUUUGUUGGUAUGAGGCCGUACCCAUCAGAAACAUUAGAGAAUAUGCUCAAAGAAGCUCUAGGCACAGAAACUGUCAUGGCCGAUAUCAAGCAUCCGAAGCUGUGUAUAUUGGCAGUGCUGGCGGACAGGAAACCAGUGGACCUUCACAUAUUCAGGAACUACCAAUCGGCACAGGAGAUACUUGAUGAACACAACGGCACAUUAAGUCCACGCGCAGAGGCUGGUGAUCAGGUGUCAGUGGUAUCUCUGCCGGCGCCUCCCCCGCCCUCCGAGCAGCUGGUGUGGCAGGCCGCACGUGCUUCCGGUGCUGCACCAUCCUACUUCCGGGCUUCCGGCAGAUAUUUAGAUGGCGGAUUAAUGGGAAACAAUCCUACAUUGGAUAUCAUGACGGAGUUGUCAGAAUUGAACCAAGCACUCAUUGCUACCGGACAACACGAUGCAGCUAAACAAACCAAUUUAAAAGUGGUCGUAUCUUGUGGUACAGGUUCAAUACCAGUUACGAAAAUAAAGGAUUUCGACGUGUUCAAACCUGAGAGUUUAUGGGAUACGGCCAGGUUAGCUUGGGGAUUGUCAGCUAUCGGCGGCUUGCUUGUCGAUCAGGCGACGCAGGCGGACGGGCGCGUGGUGGAGCGCGCGCGCGCGUGGUGCAGCAGCGUGGGCGCGCGGUACUUCCGGUUCUCGCCGCAGCUGUCGCGCGACGUCGCCAUGGACGAGCGCGCCGACGACCGCCUGCUGGCCAUGCUCUGGGAGGCGCAGCUCGCCAUGCGCGAGCACCGCGACGAGGUGCUCGACCUCGCGGCGCUACUACGAGCAGAUACGUAAUGAAUCUAGUCAAGCAAAAAUGCAGGUACCUAAAAAAUGCCUAAUUAUUAAAGCA